AUGGAGUCAAAAGGAGAGGGCACAGAAAGACGUGGCGAGAGCUACGAAAGUGAGCAUGUACACACCGUCUACGAGGAGAUUGCCUCCCACUUCUCCUCGACUCGCUACAAACCUUGGCCGAUCAUAGAGCGCUUCAUCAAAGACCUGCCCGCUGGCUCUGUAGGACUCGAUGUGGGCUGCGGCAAUGGCAAAUAUCUCGCCGUAAAUUCCGAUGUCUUCAUCGUGGGUUCGGACCGUUCCCAUAAUCUCGUCUCCAUCGCCUCUCAGCAUCAGCCACACGCCGUUGCUGUGGCCGAUAUCCUUGAUCUGCCCCACCAGAAUUCCGGAUUUGAUUUCGCAAUUUCUAUCGCAGUCGUUCACCAUCUUUCCACAACGGAGAGGCGAAUUGAAGCCGUGAAAUCCAUUCUUGAAACGUUGAAGUCAGGCGGCCAAGCCUUGGUAUAUGUCUGGGCAUUGGAACAGGGCAGCAGUCGGCGAGGAUGGAACGAAGGUGACGACCAAGACGUAAUGGUGCCUUGGGUAAUGCGUGGGAAGAAGACCAAAGGCGAGACCGCCCCACCUGAGGAUAAGACGUUCCACCGAUACUAUCACCUUUACCGGAAAGGCGAGCUGGAAGACAACGUCCGGUCAGCAGGCGGUACGGUCCUCGAUUCGGGUUACGAAAAGGACAACUGGUGGGCUAUUGCCGGGCGCUGA